AUGCACAGCCAACAGUGUGUGACUGAAAUUUCUCAUAACCAGGACUCGUCAACCAUUCCCUUACACAUUGUCUGCUUACAGCCUCUUGGUCAUGUUGGAGGACGUUUGCACGUAUUGAAGCGAGAGAAUCCGAAAGAACUGUUUUUGCCCACAAUUUUUAUGGACGACGACGGAUUGAACAUGAGAAAUUGGGGUUAUUACGAACAGCCUCCUCUUAAAGGGCAUCUUGGUCUUCAACUCAUGUCAUCUUUGAUGGAGCAGGACACAAAACCUUUCCUAUUUGGGCGUGACGAUCCUGUUAUUGUUCCAGCAAAUGGGGUUUUUCGUCCCAGGGAUUUUGCUUUUACUGAACCCCCUGUCACACACUUGGACUAUGUGAGAGACACUUGGAUAAAUCACAGAGAUAAGUUUUUACAUAUGUUCCCUGGGAACUUGUAUAACUCGGUUCUUGCAGAACCAUCUGGAACUCAGAAUUCUAUGCAGAUGUUAAACCAGCCUGAUACAACCAAAGAAACAGAGGUGAGCAUUGAGGAGUCAAGUGUUCAGAAGGAUUCUGGCCGUGGCAAAAAAAGGUCAGCUGCCGUCACUGAUAAAUCCCCAAAAGCAAAGAAGUCUAGGAAAGGUCCUCCCGCACAGAAGGAAAAUGGUAAUUCCUCUGUUCACCGUGCAAAAAUAGCGAAAAAGAAUAUGGAUAUUGUAAUAAAUGGAAUUGAUAUGGAUAUUUCUGAUAUUCCAAUUCCGGUUUGCUCUUGUACGGGUACUACACAGCAAUGUUAUCGAUGGGGGUUUGGUGGUUGGCAGUCAGCUUGUUGCACCACAACUAUAUCUAUGUAUCCCUUGCCGAUCAGUACCAAAAGACGUGGGGCUAGAAUUGCUGGACGAAAGAUGAGCCAGGGUGCUUUCAAGAAGGUUUUGGAGAAACUUGCAACAGAGGGAUAUAACUUCAGUAAUCCAAUUGAUCUAAGGACUUACUGGGCAAAACAUGGUACCAAUAAGUUUGUGACUAUCAGGGAUGUGAAUAUGGGUGUGGUUGCAGCCAUGUCGGAGUUAUUCGAGAGGGCCUUGCAUUUGCAGCUGGGCAGUAUUGGGGUUUAG